AUGCUCUCCUGUACUGCUUUCCUGCUGCUGAUGGUAAUGGGCGGUUUGGGACAGACCACUGGGGUCCAGGCCGAACCCGGAGAUCAGGAGCUGCUCUGGGGUUCAGACCAGUAUGACUUCGCCAUUGUGCUGCCAGCAUCUGGAAUGGAGUGCUUCUGGCACUUUGCACACCACGGAGAGCAUUUCUACCUCACGUUUAUGGUUCAGUGGGUAACAGGUGUGGCUAAUGCCAGGCACCUUUCCGUCACUGUCAACUCUCCAGCUGGAUACCUAGUGACGACAGUAGAUGAUGCUACUGGCCAAAUCAACUUCCAAACUGAGGAGACAGGUUAUUACCAGAUGUGCCUGAACAAUUUCCACAACCGUUUUGGGAGCAUGCAGGUGUUCCUGAACUUUGGUGUGUACUACAGUGAUGCAGAUGAGGCUCAGAAACAAAAGCAGAAGAAGAAAAAGGAAGAGGCCAGUAAACAUCUGAAUGACACAUUAUCCACCAUUGAGGACAGUGCCAUCAAGCUGCAGGGCUAUGCAUUCCAUAUGUGGAGACAUUACAACUUUGCACGCAUGAGAAAAGGUGCAGACUAUUAUCUGCUUCUCUCCAACUCCAGCUAUGUUACCUACUGGUCUGCUGUUCAAAGCAUAGUUAUCAUUGCAGCAGGAUACCUUCAGCUGUUCUUCCUCAAGAGGCUAUUCAAUGCUAAAACAAACACAGAGACCAACAAGCCUCGCUGUUGA